CUCCCCAAGUUGUAUACAGGAAUACCAAGCAAAAAAACAAGCAUUCGGUACUCCAGCUUGGCUUUUUCCUUCUCCAGACGUUGGAACGCUGAUCUCAUCUUCCUUCACAUUUUUUUCCUACAUAGACGGCACCGUCUUUGGAAAACGUUUAUUUUCCUACGCAGGGCAUCCACCACGCCCCCUUCUUUUCCUCUGCCUUCUCAGCGACCCUGGUCCUUGCGAAUGGGACAUCGGCCUGCCGAUCACUUUACCCAUAAGUCGUCACACACACACACACAGACACGGCAGCGCACAAGACCUGCUAGCCAGCGCGGUACUUGGGUCCGCCCCUCGAAACAGGCUUGCCCACACGUACCUGUCUUCCCCUCCUCUUCCUUAACAACACACACACACACAAGCAGCACACACACACAUACAAACCAGCAGACCGGGGGCCGCCUAUUAGCCUCCUUCCCCACUGGGCCACUCUUUCUUCUUCCUCUUCUCUCCACUUGCAAGUACCAGCCUGCCUCACAAACACACCCACUGACGCACACCACCACUUGCACUUAAAGACUUCGCUGAUCCCACACUUGGCUCUCCGACCUUCGCUCCAUCUUCCCGCGCCAAUCUCUUGUCUUUGAUCUGUGCUACAAACUUGGCUUUUCUCUAGUCGGCACGACCCAUCUGAUCUUCCUUACUUCCUUGUCACCUCUUACUUGCACUUAUCCUUUACACUCACCCAUGAUUGCACGCCAAACUGCCAGUAACCCGCCUUGAGAAAUUCUUCCUCUUCCUCCUCGUCCACUCUUGCACGUUCAGUAUCCUAUAUCCGCGCAAAGCGUCCGUCAACUUGGCAACGUAUUUGCAACUUUAGCUCAUUCAAAGUGGCGAAACAAAACAACCAAGAACACCCGCCGACACUACCGCCGACAAUGGCCAUGGCUCUCGAUACCUCUCAGCAAAGAUUUGGCCCUGGCCUCAACUUUGACUAUCAAACACACGCUCAAGCACCUUCAUUCUCAAACCCGUGGUCUUCGGCCUCGCCACCUUCUCACCCGGCUCCCAGUGCCUCAAAUGCCAACGCCAUGUACGUUGGUGCGCAGCCGCAGCCUCCCAUGAACGCAGCCGCCCUCCUUGCUAGCAAGCCUCCCAUGCCUCGCCCUAGUGUUGGAAGCGUCUCGUCGAUGGGUUCAUACGGCUCCCUCCCUGUUGGCAGCCACUCCGCAGACAUGAUGGGCAUGAACCGCUUGCAAACUACAACAGCAGCCUACGGCGAUGCUACCUACGCGACAUCUGCCUCGCCUGUCGCCGGCCACUUUCUCCCUCCUGCCACUGGGCCUUACGAUGCUGUUGGUUAUGCUGCAGCUCACAGUCGCCCUCAUGCCUUCUCUCUUGGUGGCCAUGACGACCCUUCACGCAGAUUUCCUCUACCUGUUCCCCAGGAGGACAGACGAGCCUUUGCUGAUGCUCUCGACGCGAGCCACGGCAUGCUUGCCAUGAGCCAAGAUACUCCUCGAAACAUUUACGGCCGCAACGAUCGAUCCUCUGUCGACUCUUAUGGAUUCCCCUCUACACACUCUGCUACUUCUUCCGUUUCCUCUUCAUACUAUGGCGACUCGGUGUCCGAGUAUUCUGCCGGUUCCGAUCUCGAAUCCAGAUCGCUUCCUCGUCCUCACGGAAUGAUGGGCGGCCAGUUGCCUCCUGCACCGCAAUCCAUGAUGGGCCAGUUCAGUUCCAAGGUCUCCUCCAGCACCCAGAAGAAGCACAAGUGCAAGGUUUGCGAUAAGCGCUUCACCAGACCCAGCUCCCUGCAGACGCACAUGUACAGCCACACCGGCGAGAAGCCUUUUGCCUGCGAUGUUGAAGGCUGCGGCCGCCACUUUUCCGUCGUCUCCAACUUGCGUCGCCAUCGUAAGGUCCACCGCGGUGAUGCUCGCUCUGAGGCAGGCUCGGAAGACCACCAGUCCGACUAAAACACCUUUUACAAAUUACUCUUUGAGGCGAAUAGACUCGCUACCUCGUGGUUCUUUUUGGGCACGCACCCUUGACACGACCAAUAGAUUGGACUUUGCGACCGUCUGGGGUUACAACCUGGCUCUCAGCGCAAGCAGCACAACCACUACCACCAUGCCUUUUCAUUCCUCACCGCCAACAACCUUUGGCGGCUGUUUUUAUUGCAUGUUUCAGCAUGCGUGGGUUCUUUGGAUAUAUGGGCACUACUUUCUGAAUACUAGAGGCUUGCAGCUAGUGAAUUCCUCGGCGUUGGGAAUAGCUCAAGAGGACUCUGGACGGCGUUUUGGAGCCAUUUUGUUUUUCUGUUCUGUUUCAAUGGGUGUUUAUCCAUUCACGACUCUUUUUUUGGUUAUUGUUUCUGUUGCUAUAUUGGAGAAUGCGAGUCUCUGCCGUUGGUACCCAAAACGGGCAACGCGUAGGAGGUUUCAGCAUGUCGAUGUCACUGGACCUUGUGAGGCUUGGAAAGCGAGACACUACGGGACAGACAUGAAUGCCUGGGCUUUUUCUCUGAGAUGGAGACGCCACCUUGUACAAAUAUCUUAUUUACUUUCAUGAUAUACCCACGAGAUAGGUAGAGUCGCAUGAAUCUACAUGAAUACAGUAUAUAUAUACACAAAUGGAUUUCCAGACUUGUUUGCCCAUGAACUUUAGAGAUUGUGACAAAGUCUAAUGAAGGGGACUAUGGUUACGGAUAAGCCUAUUCAACAGCAUGAGAGGUACUGGAACAAGCCAGCUACAGGAAAGAGUAAGUGGUGCCGAAGCAUGCCAAACACAAACAACGAGGUCAGCGGGAACUGACCUGGGAUCCAAGUUGCAAGCAAGCAAGCAAGCAUUGCAUGCCGAUUGGGAUAUGGGGACAUGGUUUAUGGAGUAUCCAGGGCGCAGAACGGAGCUUGUGUUCCGUUUUGGACACGAAUCAGGCACCAUUUCAAACUGUAGGUCAGCGUGGAGCAGCAACAGCACCAGUAACAAGACAACCAUAGCGAGGCGCAGCAUCAAGCCAGCUGGGCUGGAAGGGGGCAAGGGAGGUUCCGUCAUCGAGUGAGAGUGGGCGGCCCAAAAAGAAAGGCAUCAGCGGCGCGUUAGCGAUGGGCUACAGAAGAUGAUGACGCUGUAAGCCCCCAGUUUUCUGGGCGACGAUCCUUGAC